AUGCAGACCGCCACUGCCUCGGCUUCGGCGACCGCGGCGACAGCGACUGCACUCACACCGCUGCCAACACCCAAGGUCGACACGGUCGCCGAUGUAUGGUUUCAGCGAAAAGGCGAGUCCAGCUGUCGUCGAGGCGUCCUCCGCAUUACCGCCCAUCAUCUCGUCUUUGAACACCAGACAGCGUCGACGACCGAAACUUCGCCACGGAGCAUCUCGAUACCGUUAUCACUCAUUCUCAAGGCCACGCGAAUCCCUUCCCUUCGCAUCGUAUCACAGCCAGGCGCGCCUUCGCAGCGGAUCUACCCGCUGACACUGUUCCACAAGACCUUUGACUCGGCUGCUUUUGCAUUCCAUUCAGAGCAAGACCAGCUCAACGUCUUUGACAGCCUCAAGGACUGUGCCGUCCUCACCGAUAUCAGCCAGCUAUACGCCUUCUAUCAUCAACUGUCACCUAGAGUUGCUCCAUCCCAGCAUAGUCUGGCCCGCAUCUAUGAUCCAAAGACAGAAUUCGCUCGUCAAGGCAUUGGCUCGCGCUCCAAGGCCUGGCGCUUCACCGACAUCAACUCGCAGUAUGCCUUCUGUGCUACGUAUCCGGCGCUCAUGGCUGUUCCCUCACGCAUCAGCGACACAACUCUCAGCUAUGCAGCAAAGUAUCGAAGCAAGGCGCGUGUGCCCGCUCUCACUUACCUACACUGGGCCAAUCACGCGUCCAUCACUCGAUCAAGUCAGCCCAUGGUCGGCCUAAAGAAUGCGCGCUCCAUUCAAGAUGAGAAGCUCAUCGAAGCCAUCUUUACUUCGCACCACUUCGCCGACCCGGAAUCCAUCACCGCCAAGGCCGCCGCCGACGCUUCCAGCGGUGCUGCUGCGUCUACCUCUGGCGCUCCCGCAGUCGCCACCGUCUAUGGCGCAACCACCACCAAUCUCAUCGUCGAUGCUCGUCCCACUACCAACGCUAUGGCCAACGUAGCCAAAGGCGCCGGGACCGAAAACAUGGAGUACUACAAGGGAUGCAAAAAAUCUUAUCUCGGCAUUGAAAACAUCCACGUCAUGCGCGACAGUCUCAACAAGCUCACCGAAGCGCUUCGUGAGAGCGAGCCGAUCGCAAAUUUUGGUAUGCGCGUCGAGGCGUUCGGUGAUGCCUCUGCCAGCGCUGCUGUGACAGAUGGCACAGGUUCCGUCCUUCGCCUCAAUCCGACACCUGUCGAUGCAACCGCACUUCGAAAAUCGAUGUGGCUCAAGCACAUCCAGUCUUUGAUGGAAGGAUCCAUGUCGAUCGUCCGCAACGUCCACAUCAACAGCUCUCAUGUACUCAUCCAUUGCUCUGACGGCUGGGACCGCACCUCGCAGCUGGCGGCCAUCGCUCAAAUUUGUCUCGAUCCCUAUUUCCGCACCUUUGACGGUCUUGCCGUGCUCAUCGAGAAGGACUGGCUCAGUUUUGGCCACAAGUUCACCGACCGCAGCGGCCUGAAAGGUUCGGACCGUUACUUCACCGUCGCUUCCCGAAACCACUACCCAGGAUCCAACGAGGACGAAGACGAUGGAUCCGACACGGACCCCGACACUGACAAGGCCAACUCGGGAGCAGGAGGCGGCUUCGACUCGCAAGCCGCGGCCAAUGCCUUCUGGGGAUUCACAAAGCAGCUCACCGCCAACUUCUCGGCUGCGACAUCCAGCUCUCCUGCAGGUCCCAAGAAAGGAUCCAACAUCAAGGAAACUUCGCCCGUCUUCCAUCAGUUCCUCGAUUGCAUGUGGCAGAUCAUGCGUCAGUUCCCCGAUCGCUUCGAGUACAACUCUGCGUACCUCGUCGAGUUGCAUCAGACCAUCCACCAGUGCAAAUACGGCACUUUCCUCAUGGACUGCGAGCGGGAACGUUUCAAACCUUGUGACCACGAUGGCAGGCCGCUGCCUCCCGUCACUGCCCGCACCGUCAGCGCGUGGACCUAUCUCCUCCAUCCGGACAUGAAGAGCAAGCAUCGCAACCCGAAAUACAAUCCCGAGCUCGACGAUCGCGACCCGAAGCGCAAAGGCACCGACAUGGGUGUCCUUAUUGCCGAUUCUCGCGAUGUUCGCUACUUUGAGCAGCUCUUCCAAAGAGCUUUUGGUGACAUGAACGCCUACCUCGACAAAGAGGCGGACGAGAGGCGGCGUGCUCGAGAAAGGCUCGAACGUGCCGUUCGGGGUGGUGAUGCGCCAAACGCGUCAACGGAUGCGCUCAAGGUCGCCGAUGCCAAUGGCACGUCAGUCGGAGGCUCGAGUGCCAGCCCGGUGAGAGUGCCCGGAGGAGGCGAGCUGGAGAAGGCGAAUGCAACCAUUGCUGUUGUCGGACCAAACGAUCCAGAUCCAGUGCUUGACCCGCUCGCAGCGGCCGGCGCAGGUGACAGUGUCAAUAUGCCAAGCAAAGGUCUCGCCACUUCGCCUGCGCCGGGUGCAGUCGAUCUUGCAACCAACGGCCAGGUCGACCCUACUCGUCUUUCGUAUCAGGCUAGGCAGCCAAGGAAUCGUGUGCAGCAGACAGCAGAAUCCUCCGCCACAAGUUCAGCUGGUGACUCUCCGACGGCGAUGUCAAACAACGCCUCGAGCGCCGCAGAUGCAGCAGCCAACCGAAUGAAGAACCUGUUCAUCGGCGGAUGGGGACGACUGCAAGAAGCUAUGGCCGCCCCUGCAUCCGAAUCGUCACCACGCCCGCAAAACUCUGCUACAGUGGUGCAGCCCCCCGCGAGUCCGACGAAAGAAAGCAAUGGCUCAGCAUCAAUAUCUCAUCAAGGUCCAUUGGGUAGCCGCAACGAGCGUAGUGGCCCAGCUCCGGCGCAGGCGGUCGCAACACCGACAGCGCACAAUCCGUGGGCUGCCAAUGCCAACAUGCGUGCCGAGAUGCAGCGCGAACACGUAGCGAUGCGUACAACGCUGAGCAGCGCAGGCGGACGCUCGCCGUAUGCCGGUCGUCCAGGGUACGGAGGCAAGGACAGGCAGCAAAGCUGGAGCGGGUCCAUCCCCUCGAGCGGCGGUGCCCAUCAGACACCUGAGUCGACGGAAGGCAAGGAAGACAAGCAAGGAUCGAGUAACACCAUGUUAGACCCGCUCGGCGUUCUGUGA